AUGCAGUUUAAAAAUAUUUCACUUUCUUGCAGAUUCCCAUUGAAAGCUGUUAAAGUGAUGCAUACAGUUGCUCUACGAACUGAAGCAACCAUAUCUGGUGGUGAAUUGCCACCUAAUCUCCGACAAGUUUUUAAGAACCAUAUGAGUGAAAUGUUUGCAUAUCAUGCAACUAUGAUGUCAAAUACUCUUGGAAUUUCCACUGUGGUCUUCAUCAGAACUGGUUUCAUGGCUAUAUUACUUAGCCAUUACCGUCCUUCUGGCACUAUUUUUGCCUUCACAAACGAGAAAAGGAUACAACAAAGAUUGGCUUUGUAUCAAGGAGUAUGCCCCAUAUACAUGGAGUUCUCAGAUGAUGCUGAGGAAAGCUUUAAAGAUGCUUUAGCUUUGCUACAGGUAAAGUUUUACCAAAAAUUUCCUUAUGAAAGUUCCCCUUAAUUGGCUGCUAAUAUA